AUACGUUCAUAUUGUAAUAUUUUGUGGCUGUGACAAAUUUCUUAACCUUAAUAGUCGUUUAUUAAUAUCUCAGUUCACGAAGCAGAGCAGCAUUUUUUCUUGUCAAAUCUUAAUUUUUCACUAAAACACAUCGAUUGUGUAUAUUUUUAUCAAGAUUUGAAGUGAACAGCGUAUUCUUAAUAUUUAUUUUCGAACGCUUGUUCGGCUGAACAAUAAGUUCGACCUUACAUACAGAGUGUAAGGAACAGAAGUAUUCGCGGAGAAACAAGCACCGUAAUGCCGGUGAAAGGAACAUUCGAUGAUUUCGCACAGAGUUUCGUGAGGAAGUAGGUGGGAACCAGGAGAAGAAAAAUUGUGAUAUCAAUUUGUGACCUUAAACAAUGAGAACUGAAAAGAGAAAAUCUAGGAAUUUGCCAAGAAUGCCUCUAAAACAUACUUCGAAAGACACGGAGAUCCUGUGGUCUGACAUAGCCGGUCGCAUUUUAGUAAAUGCAAUCUCCUAUCCUAUUGAAUAUGCUAAGGUUUUGAUCCAGAUCGGAUACGAGCCUAUUCCACCUAAACCAACUGUAACAUUGUUUGGGAAGCCUGCAUUGAAACUACCUAAUGCUUUUACAUAUAUUAAACACAUAAAGAGCUUGGAUGGCUUUAUAGGCUGCUAUAGAGGAUUAGUACCCAAGAUAUGUUCCUAUACAGUCAGUACAAUAGCAUGCGACAAGACUUUAGAAUAUCUACAGUCGAACUCAGUGGAACAGAACGAGGAUGAAGACGAUGAGGAUGAGACAGUGAGACGUAAAAGAUGCAUGAAUGAGAUCAUUAGGGAUGUGAUCAGUAGAACAGUCGCGAUCAUAGUUAGUCAUCCUUUGGAAGUCAUUUCAUUAAGGAUGAUGGCGCAAUUUGUGGGUAGAGAGACAAAAUAUAGUAGUCUAUUUGGUUCGUUCCUGGAGAUUUACAAGGAGAAUGGGAUCCUAGGUUAUUACGCAGGAUUGAUACCACGUGUAAUAGGAAGCGCUGCAGUUAUAGUUUUAACUGGUAUCUCUACAUACGCUAUAAACAAUUACGUUAUACAGGAGCCGGCGAUGAAGCCAUACACUGCAUCAACCAUGAAAUUUGUAGCUACAACCGUUAUGUACCCGUUCUUAGUGGUAUCUCACUGCAUGGCAGUAAAUGACUGCGGAUUGAUAGCUGGUCUUCCACCACACAUGCCGAUCUAUAAGAACUGGCUGCAUUGUUGGACUCAUCUGUCGACUCAUAAUCAGCUGAAGAGAGGCAGCAGUUUGUUAUGGCGUUACUAUACUGGACCACAAAUGCUGCUGAAUGGCAAGCUGAUACCAAUUAUGGGCAAUAACUUUUACCAACCUAGUUCGUAAUGAGCGUCUUAAAUGUAUAGAUACAGCCAUAUAAAAAGGAAAAGGAAGAAGAAAAAGUUUGGUUUCAACGAAUUUAUAUAGGAAGAUCGUACAAGAAUUUGCGUGCACUAAACAUUCUUGUAAGAUCAAAAGUCAUUAUCAAUACAAAAUAAUAGAAAAAAGAAGAUAAAUCCAGUUAGGAUCAAUCGAGAUGAUUGUAGUUGAAAGGUAAUCGUAAUUAAGUGUCAUUACAACAUUUUGUAAUGAGAAAGUCAACAUUCAUUAAAUCCUCAAUGUGCAUUUAUAAUGACUGCGAGAUUAAUAGAUGUUCUUACCACACAACACACACACACACACACACGCGCGCGCGCGCGCGUUAUGAUUUUUAUUCUAAUUUUUAAGAAAAAUAACACAUCUGCUCCUACAUAAUCACCUUGAUCGAUCCUACAUCUCCAGAUCACAUAUGCGAUACAGUACUUGUAAAUAAAAAUAAAUAAAUUGCAACAAACACAUCAAAUAGUUGUGUAAUAAAAAAAAGCGAUGCUGGAAGAAGUAGAUAUAUAUUUUUACUAUAUUGACAAUUAGAUUUUGUUUCGACAAUUAAUUAUUGAUUUACAACGUGGCCUCCUCUCUACUCUUCUUGCCGAUAAUUGGUAAGAUUUCGAUGAAUAUUGCAUUCGUCGUAUUAUAAUUACAUAUGUAUAUACACGCACGCAUGCACAAACGCACAAGGUAACGGUUUAUAUGAUUUUUUAAACAUUUCCAACAGUUAAGAAGAUUCUAAAGCCAUCUGUAUUAUCAACUAAUCGAUUUAAUAUAUAU